UUUUCUUGUUGACGGCAUCAGCCGGAAGCUGUUCGAUCAAAUGAACGUUGGUGGCUGAACCAGCAGCAGUGUGGCAUUUUUCACCAGUAUAGAAUCUGGUUAAGCAGUUAGUUAGCGGUGUAUAGCUAACUGUGUUCAACUGGUUAGAAACAUGCAGAAGUAUGAGAAAUUAGAGAAGAUCGGAGAGGGUACCUAUGGCACAGUGUUUAAAGCUAAAAACAGAGAGACGCAUGAGAUCGUGGCUCUGAAGCGAGUCAGGCUGGAUGAUGAUGAUGAGGGGGUUCCGAGCUCAGCCUUGAGGGAAAUCUGCUUGCUGAAAGAGCUGAAGCAUAAAAACAUUGUGAGGCUACACGACGUGCUGCACAGCGAUAAGAAGCUGACGUUAGUGUUCGAAUAUUGCGACCAGGAUCUGAAGAAAUAUUUUGACAGCUGCAAUGGCGACCUGGAUCCUGAGAUUGUCAAGUCGUUCAUGUACCAGCUGCUGAAAGGACUCGCCUUCUGCCACAGCCGCAACGUUCUUCACCGAGACCUAAAGCCACAGAAUCUGCUCAUCAACAGGAAUGGUGAACUGAAGCUGGCUGACUUUGGUUUGGCACGAGCAUUUGGAAUCCCUGUACGAUGUUACUCAGCCGAGGUGGUGACGUUGUGGUACAGACCACCAGAUGUGCUGUUCGGUGCCAAGCUCUACUCCACCUCCAUCGACAUGUGGUCCGCUGGAUGCAUAUUUGCAGAACUGGCCAACGCGGGACGGCCGCUAUUCCCUGGAAAUGACGUCGACGACCAGCUGAAGCGCAUCUUCAGGUUAUUGGGCACGCCAACAGAGGAACAAUGGCAGACUAUGACCAAACUCCCCGAUUAUAAGCCCUAUCCGAUGUACCCUGCAACUACAUCACUCGUGAACGUGGUCCCUAAACUCAGUAGCACGGGACGGGAUCUACUACAGAACCUCCUAAAAUGCAAUCCAGUGCAGCGGAUAUCGGCUGAAGAAGCACUACAGCACCCGUACUUCGCCGAUUUCUGUCCUCCUUAGUGGCCAAAUCUGCUGAGCCUCAUUUUUCACAAUGGACCAACAUGGUUGUACCUCACAUGCACACCCCAUCACAAUUUUCCUGUGUCACCCACCAUUGACAUUUCUUGGUAGACACAACAAUACCAUUCACGCAGCCAUGUAAAUUCCACCCCGUGUCUCACAGCCACAGACUCGAGGGCAACAAUCUGUUUUUUAAGAGCUCAGUUGAGCAAAUUUUGACACCCAUGAAACAUUAUUACUAUUCUAACUAUUACUAUUUAAUUCUUAUUUGCACUUCCUAAACAGACGGUAUGGGUGUGGCGAGUUUUAGUUACUCCUGCUCAGUGUUUAGUUUUAUGUCUUAGUUUUGACUUGCUGUUCAGGUUUUCAUCAUUUUUAAAAUAGUUACCUCCGUGUUACAUGACUGCAGAGGUGCCAACACAUUUAGAUUCACUGAAGGGGAAAGGACUUGGGACGUGAACGAGACAUGCACUUUCUUCGUUGCAGCACGCACUUACGGUUCGUGCCAUCUUUAUCGAAGUGAACUUUGACCUGUGAAUCUGCAAACCUCAGCUUUGUAAACGAGCAAUUUCCCUCUGGGCUUAAUAAUAUGAUCUAUUUAUCUGUCUGUCUGUUUCUUCCUAGUGUGAGGGGGAAAAAAGUCUAACAAAUUAAGUAGCAUCCUACCAGACCUUUUUCUUACUGUUUCCAGAUAAAUAUCUGGAAGGAAAAUCGGGUGUUGGCGCCUCUGUGUAAGAACUCAUGUCAUUUAGAGAAGUUUUACAGAACAAAGUUUCACAUAGUAGUAAUUCUUUUGUUUCUAUUUAUAAAGGUAGAGUUGUACCUUUAUAGCCAGUCAAGAAUAAGACUGUUCUAUGAUGUGCGUCUUAUAGGCCUCUGUUAAAGUGCAGAGGUUAGAUGGAUAUGAUACGAGUGAAUCAGAUCAAGCGAUGUUGAGAAACAAUUUAAUAUAGCAGCCGAUAAGUAUUUACAGUAUUGAGAACAAAAACAAAACUGCUGCACCUGAUAUACUUGUACCAGCACCACACACACACACACACACACACACACACACACACACACACACACCGGUCACUUGUACUGAGAAUAAAACAUUACUAAAAUAAUCUGAUCUGAUGAGUUGUGCUCCAAAGGCUGACAAGUUGCUUAUGAACAGACUUAAUAACAAGACAUUUAUGGUAUAGUAAUUAAUUAUGAGUAUAUACAAUGUGUGACUGGUUUGGGAAUUCUUACAAAUUGGGUUUUGGUCAAAACUGGGUUUUUCUCCCCAUAACAAUUGUGGUUUUUUUUUUUUUUUUUUUUUUAACCAAAGGAUAGGAAAGCUCCCUAAAAGAAAUACUGUAUACCUAUAAUUACUUCCUACUAUAUUGAUCUCCAUUUGAAAUGUUUUAUUUGGUUUUUUUUUGUGUAAAGUGAACUAAAAUGCACAUAUUUAUUUGUAUAUGAAUGUUUUAGUAAACUUUUUAGUAUACAGCAAAAGAGGGUUACGAUGGAGUGAACAUUUCCUGAUAAAUCUCAGACUUCCUACAUUUUUAAGAAUUACGAAUGUAAAUUCAGGGUAAAAUCAUCAAAUCCUGCAACACAUUUGGGGGGAAAAAAUGCUCCCCUCAUAUUAGCAAAGUUUUUUUUCUGUAAAUAAGCGAAAUGUCUUAAAUUUGCCAGGAAAUAAGAACACUCCAGUUGUGUUUAACCCUGUAGCACACAAUAAGCUUGGACUUUUUUUUCUUUUUGUUAUCCAUUUGGCACUCUGCUGUAUUUGUGGUUUAUGAUGUAAGAAUUUUUUUCACACUGAUUAAAUACAUUUCAUCAAAAAAAAAAAACAUUGCAUUUGUUUGUACUGAUUGGCAUAUAGUAAUGUUACUCUCCGAUUUCAUGACCAUUUCAUAUUUUAAAUAGAUAGAUAGAUAGAUAGAUAGAGAAAUGUUUCAGCAGUAGACAGUGAGAUCUAAUAUACUACAAGAGAUCAGUAUGUGAUUAACAGCCGGUGCAAUAUAACUACUACACAUUAUCCAUUGCUAAUAAAAGUUUUCAACUUA